AUGUACAUGUAUACCAACUCUGGGGGCCAGUACCUGCCAGGGACCAGAGAGGAGGAGGAGGAUGACGGUGAUGACUAUGAGAAUAUGGCGCCACCCUACAAAGACCUUCCUCCCAAGCCAGAUUCAAUGGCUCCACCCAGGCCUCCGAGGGCAGGAAAUAAAACGGAGAACCCCCCACCUCCCUGCAAGUCCCCAAAGAUCAAAGGCCUGGACCUCACCCCUGUCCCCCGAACAUCUCCUCAACUGGGUGUCAGUCUGGAGCAUCCUCCGUUCCAGCCAUCCCUAGCUAUAACUCCAGUGUCCCAGCUCAGUCAGAAGUCCAGGUGUUCUGGAUGCUGUCAGGAGGAGAGACUGGUGGUGUACCUGUGCCUGCUGGUGGUGGUGUCCCUGGUCCUGGGCUGCACUGGUCUGGCUGUGACCCUGAUUAAGUACCAGGAGAUGGUAGAAGAGCUGAAGAUAUUAACCUUUCAGCAGAUGACAUGGCAAGCAAAUGUGACUGGCAUGGCAGGGAUAGCUGGCCUGAAGAAAGACAUUGACCACAUAAGAACUAACACCAACCAGUCCCUCCGAGAACUACGGGGGUUAUUAGAUUGUACCAGGGUCACCUGCCCGGAGGGUUGGGUCCCUUUUGAGGGAAAGUGUUACUACUUCUCCCCAACCACCAAGUCAUGGGAUGAAGCCCGGAAGUUCUGCCAGGAGAAUUAUUCUCACUUGGUCAUCAUCAGUAGCUUUGCUGAACAGAACUUUGUGGCUAAGGCUCAUGGCUCUCCACGGGUAUACUGGCUGGGGCUGAAUGACAGGGACCGUGAAGGGGACUGGAAAUGGCUGGAUGGGUCACCUGUCACUCUGAGCUUUUGGGACCCAGAGGAACCCAACAACCUCUUUGAUGAGGACUGUGCCAGCAUGAACAAAGGUGGCACCUGGAAUGACCUCUCUUGUGACAAGACUACAUACUGGAUCUGUGAGCGGAAAUGUUCCUGUUGAACCUCACCGCUGAGGGUGGGUGUGACUCUUUAUCCAGUGCUCCUUGGCUCUUAGGGGUGAGAACCUUCUGCCCUUCCACGGAGGACCACCUUUCCAUGAGCCGACAUGGAUAUAGCUAAGAUGGAACCAGGAGCUUGGAUAUUGCAAGGCCCCUUGGGUGCAAGUGAGAGCAUUUCUAUGGUGAGGAUUUGAGGGCUUGUUAUUUUUUGUUUCUAAUAUUUUAUUUAUUUAUUUGGGAGAGGCAGUGAGCAAGAGAG